AAGGUUGUGUAAGAUAGCGAAGAACAGAGCAAAGCUGUAAGAGCAAGAUGAAACUAACGUGGAACAAGAACCCUAAGAAACGAUCUCGCGUAGCUCUGUCGAACUUGGGGGAUCUUCCUUUCGAGAAGGAGGAGGCUCCAGAAACUCAAUCUCAUCGCCAAUUUCGCGAAGACGAUUCUGUGCGUGAACAAACUGACGAUAAAUUGGAUUCAGGAAGUCAUGGGAGCAUCGAUCUCGAAACGAAGAAUCUUGCAGAAUCGUUUAGAGCUCAAGGAGACAAACUCGCUGAGGAAGGAAAAUACCACGAGGCUCUAGGGAAAUGGGCAGCUGCUCUUAAUCUUGUUCCCGAAGAUGCAGUCCUGCAUGAACAGAAAGCACAAGCGUUACUUGAGCUUGGUGAUGCAUGGAAAGCAAUCAAGGCUGCAACACGAGCUACUGAGAUCGAUCCAUCCUGGGCUGAGGCGUGGACUACUCUUGGAAGGGCACAACUAAAUUUUGGUGAGCCGGACAGUGCUAUCAGGAGUUUUGAAAGUGCAUUAUUGAUCAAUGCGGGUUCUAGAGAGGCAAAAGACGAUCUAAAAACUGCAAAACAACUAAUAAAGAAGAGAGAACAGCUUCAGACAUCGGGACAGGACACCGACACUAAACGUUUUGUGGUCGGGGACAAGAAUAUAGAGCCACACUAAUGAAUUCCAGAGACUUGUACUGAGGUAUAGAGAAGAACUUCGUAGAGAACAAUAUAAUAAUAAGAACAAAGCAAGAUCCUUCUUCAUCGAGGCAAGGACUUUGUCAUUUGUCUAAGAAGAAACUUUUGAAUCUUUCCA